ACAGAUGGAAACAGCUGGCGAUGAGUCCACUCGCUGUUACUGCCUUCUGUUUGAGCCAGGACGGCGGGGCCGGGAUGAGCGCAGCGGCAGCGACGGCAUCAGCAGCAGCAGCGGUGGCAUCAACAACAACAACAUCAACAACAUCAUCAGCAGCAGCAGCAUCAGCAACAGCAGCAUCAGCAGCAGCAGCGCGGCCACUCCGCUGAGACGAGCCAGCAUGCCCAACGUGGCAGAACCCGCGGCUGAGCGGCCCGCGGCCGUCCUCAAGUGCGGCUACCUGCGCAAGCAGAAGAGCGCGCACCGCCGCUUCUUCGUGCUGCGCGGGCCUGAGCCGGCCAGCCCCGCGGGACGCCUCGAGUACUACGAGAGCGAACGCAAGUGGCGGCAGCGCUCGGGCGGGCCCAAGCGCUCCGUGGCGCUGCACACGUGCCUGUGCGUGAGCAGGCGCGCCGACGCGCGCCACCGCUACCUCGUGGCGCUCUACACCAAGGACGAAUACUUCGCCGUGGCGGCCGAGAGCGAGCAGGAGCAGGACGCGUGGCACCGCGCCCUCUCCGACCUGCUGGCGCAGGCUCGCGCUUCGCUGCCGCCCCACGCGCCCGGGGACGCCGGGGGGGUGACGAAGCCGCGCGCCGCCGUGGGGGCGGCGAGGGGCGCGGGAGGGGUCGGGGGGGGUGGCGGCGGAGGCGGUGGAACGUCGGGAGGAGGAGGGGGAGCGGGCGGAGCGGAGGAAGAGAAGCUGUGCUCCGACGACAUAUACGGGGCCGUCCCCACCGCCGCCUCCUCGCCGCAGGCAGGCACCUUCUCCAGCGAGGUGUGGCAGGUGACCCUGAAGCCGCGCGGACUCGGCCAGAGCAGGAACAUGUGCGGGGUGUACCGGCUGUGCCUUUCGGCGCGCACCAUCAGCUUCGUGAAGCUGAACUCGGUGACGCCGGACGUGGCCCUGCAGCUCAUGAACAUCAGACGGUGCGGCCACUCCGAGAACCUCUUCUUCAUCGAGCUGGGCCGCUCGGCCGUCACGGGGCCCGGCGAGUUCUGGAUGCAGGUAGAGGACUGCGUGGUGGCGCAGAACCUGCACGAGACCAUCCUGGAGGCCAUGAAGGCGAUGGGCGAGUUCCCGGACUUCAGGCCGCGCAGCAAGAGCCACUCGGCGUCGAGCAGCUCCACCAACCCCAUCUCGGUGCCGCAGCGGAGGCACAUGAAGAGCCUCCCACCGAGCAAGACGGGCCUGACGCGGCGCUCGCGCACGGAGAGCCUCAACGCCGCCUGCUCGUCGCCCGCGACCAAGGCCGGCCUCGCCGGCAUCCGCGUGCGCACGGCCAGCGAGGGCGACCGCGCAGCCUGCAGGCCCUACUCGGUGGCCGGCAGCCCCGUGAGCGUCAGCCCCACGGCGUUCAUCGGGGGCUACCCGCACUCCCUGCGCAAGAGCUCCAAGCUGCAGCCGCUGCUGAACGUGACGGGCCGCUCGGUGUCGGUGCCCGCGGCGCCGUCCCCCACGUCGCACGUCACCAGCCCCGUGAGCAUGUCGUCCACGAGCAGCGGGCUGGGCUCCACCACGGACACGCUGUACGCGCGCCCCUCCAGCACCUCCGUGUCGGGCUCCUACAGCGACGGCGGCUUCAUCUCGUCCGACGAGUACGGUUCCAGCCCCAUCGACUUCAAGAACCACUGCAACCGCAGCGCCACGCCCGAGUCCCUGGGUCGCACGCCACCCGUCAGAGAGGAGCAGGAGCCCGACAAUUACAUGUCCAUGGACCCGGGCUGCGGUUACGCGGGCCCCGCGGGGCGCGCCAAGCGGUCGUCUGUGGAAGAGGUCGACGGCGAGAAGGCGCCCGGGUUGCACUCGAAGCGCGGGUACUCCUCCUGCACCGCGCCGCCGCUGGCGUUCCACCAGAAGCCCUCGCAGGCCGCGGCCGGCUCUCUGGAAGAAUACACGCCCAUGACGCCCGGCGGCGGCGGCGGCUACCCGGGCCGCAUGUCUUACUCGGUGUCGCCCAGGCCGGCCAGCCUGCCGGCGGCGCGGGUCACGCGGCACGAGGAGUACGUGGCCCUGGUGACGGCCGGCAAGCUCAAGGACGACGACGGGUACAUGCCGAUGUCGCCCGGCGUCGCUCAGCUCCCGCCUCCGCAGCUCGGCUGCUGCAACGCUGCCGGGAGCGGGCGUCACGACGACUACGUCCCGAUGAGUCCCAAGAGUGUCUCGGCCCCCCAGCAGAUAGUGAAUCCCAGGCAGAGGACCUCCGCUACGGACGACGGUUACAUGAUGAUGUCUCCCGGUUUGAACGGCGGAAACUUUUCUCCCGACGCGGGCCAGGAGUACGUGGUGAAAUGGGCGAACGCUAGCAACCCCGUGGGGUCUUCUGGAAGCGCAGACGACGGGGUGGGCAACAUGUCGGGUCAUUACAUGAACAUGUCGCCCGGCGGAGUGAUGGGUUCGACGCCGGAGGAGAUGUAUGCGCCGGUGAUGGCUGGGACUGAGAAAGUAAGCUACCUCUAUAACGCACUGCCUCACUCGUGUAAGGCAGCCACGAGAAAGUACAGCGUCGUUCAGCCCUGCGCGCCCGAGAGCGACCCCGCAAAUGUGAAAACGAGACAGGAGAUCCUGUUCGGCGGCGACAAGUCUUCGUCUUCGAGCAACGAUAGUUUGACCAGCGACGGCACGCCCUCCACAUCUGGCUCUGGCAUCAGGAGAGCGGCGAAAAAGCAGAGCGGCAGAACUAUUUGUCCGAGCAAGCUGCUCCUCAGCCGCAUCAAACCUGAGCCCCAGGAGCAGGGCGCCGAGCCUCACCGCGUCGCAGAACCGGUGAGCCCCGGCGAGUACGUCAACAUCCAUUUCAGGGCAAAGGUCGACUGCGCCGUGUCGAACUCUGACCCCGCAGACCUCGGCAAACCGUCGCUGAAAAGCACCACGACUGACUCCCCCACGUGCUACGGGAUGAACGGAAGCUGGAGACCAAGCCCCAGAAAUUUCGAUUGUGUGGGCCAGGCCAAGCUCCCGGCGGGCGAGCCGGUGUCCCCGAGGUCCGUGCCGGGCCCAUUUUCACCUGAGGAUCCCUGCGCAGGCCUCGGCUACCAGCCGGUGCACGUGGGCGGCACGCAUCUGCCCACGCCCCUGUACGAGGCGGAGAGCGACUACACGGAAAUGACCUUCCAGGUGGCUCCUCCGCCCUCCGCGUCAAAACCCCUGCUCUCCCCGAAGCCCGAAGCGGCCAGGGCGGUGGGCCUGGCGCCCGGGAUGAAUCGGCUGUCGCUCGUCGAGCACGCGCCCGGCGGGACGCCCACCUUCGCCGUCUCGAACCCGGACGAGGGCGCCAAGGUGAUCCGGGCCAACGAGCAGGGCCGGCGGCGCCACAGCUCCGAGACGUUCUCCUCCGUGUCGUCGGCGCCGGCGGCCAAGGCGUCGACGACGCUCGGCUCGCAGUCCUGGUCGCUCCUGGAGGAUGCCAAGCACCACGGCUCCUUCGAGAGCGUGUGCGCGUCGGCCUCCUCGCCCGGCGGCACGGGCGCGAUGGAGCAGGGCCUGUCGACGAUGUCGCGCAAGGCUUCGGCCGGCUUCGAGAACGGCCUCAACUACAUCGCGUUCCUGGUGUCCGACGACGGCGCGACCGCGACGGCGGCGGGCGACGAGGCCGGCGGGCGCCGGUCGACGCACGUCAACUGCAGCAACGCGGCCAAGGGGGACUACGGCCCCUACAGCAGCAUGGACUUCCCGAGAGCCGCGGCCACCGCUCACGAGAGUUAAUGACGCACGGAGCCGCGAGCGUGGCACCACGAUGGCCCGACGGGGGCUCUGGGACCAAGCCACCGGCCACCCCCCCCAACCCACCCAUCCACCCCCCGCAGGCGGGAACCCUCAGGACCCACGACUACAGCUGCUGCUCCUGUCCGCAUCUCAGGACUUGUCUUACCACGGCCGCCACCGCCGCCACCACCGCCGCCACCAUCGCCACUAUCGAAGCCGAGUUUCACGUGUGGUCCCCACCGUGAAAUCCUCAAAUCGUCCCCAAAACCAUUUCGCCAACAAAUGAAACACUGCUCCGCACGAUGAGGCGAUGCUCGUGGGGGUGAACGGCGUUUGUGCUGCGGGGCAUUGUGGUAGAUACCCACAGUGCCUUGCAAGCAUCGUCCCAAGAGUGCACGUUACACGCAGCAGCAUGAUUCUGUUGUAGAUUUUAUCUCACGUGCACGCUCGCAACCCUCUUUUUAUAUAUUUUUUUGGCGGAGGGGGUCGGGGGGAUUUGUUGUUGUGUCAGAAUUCAGAGAGUAAUUCCAUAGAUUUAGCUAAUUCUUGUUACGUGACGUCAGCUAUUCCCGGAGUGCGUGUGCGAGAGCGUUAACGCGAAGUCGCUGGGUCGCAGCCUGCAGACGUUGUCACUAAUAAUAACAAUUCAUUUAAAUUCAUAAUAAUAACAAAUUAUUUAAAUUAAUAAAGCGCCCUUAAACAAUCGCGCUAAUAAAGUGCCACUGGACCUCACUUUGCUGUCACUCGCAAAAUACAGCCACAAGCAACGGAUCAUUGAGCAGACAAAAGCUAAAUUUAUAAGCAACUUGAAUGGUCACCACCGCCACCUGUUGGAGUAGACUUUCUACAGUUUACACUUUGGAUGCACAAAGUCUGGCCCGUGCGGUGAGUGUGGUGUGUAGUGUACGCUGAUGGGACUGUGCGUUGGUCUGUAGGGUAAUAGGCUGACCGAUUUGGCAUGGUGGUACAGAACGGAUCACUUUUCUGCGUUGGACCGCAUGAAGGGUUAUUUUUGCGGACCACGCGAUACGUCGUCGGAGCUGCGUGGCCGUGCAGCGUUGGGACGAAGUAAGCUGCGGGAACCUGUAGGGCAGCGCAACGCAGUUGCAUGCCGCACACAAAUUCCUGGCGACCCAUCUCUUUCUGGAUCCUGGCCACGCACAGCGUCACGUGGAAGAACACCAGCUCCGCUCAGACGAUAGCGGCCAGAUAAGGCGCUGGCCACACACCCCUUGUGCGCCACGCCGGCUUUAAUAGCUACUUGCUAAUGGUGGCUUAAUAGGUACGUACUAUAGCAUUGCUUCCUUUGGAUUGUCAGUCGGAACGGAGGGGGGGGCGGGGAUUGGACAUCGCGGUGUGUCGGGGCUGUGUGGUGCACGCACUGCGGUGUGUGCGGUGCGCGCGCGGUGCCGUGACCAGUCUGAGAUCACCUGACUCGCUGCUCCUGCAGCUUUGAGCAACACAGCUGCUCCGUGCACCGUGCUGCACAUGCACGUGCCGAGCGGGGUUCAAUAACAUUUCCAGUGCAGGAGUCUUAAGUUAAAGUAAUGAUAUUCGAGGUGUUUCGGCGAUAUUUAUAAGCGAUGCUGCUCCCAACUGGGGUGGCAAGUGGGAUUCGAAUUAUGUUAUCUUAUUAAGCUGCAGAAUUAUAUAUACAUGGCUGAUUGAAUUUGAGGUCAAUAUCAUUGUUAACUGGUGAUGAUGAUUAAUAAGAUCCCAUCCACUAGACACGUGGGGAUGCUUACGGACGCUCGGACCAAUGGCAUUAUGUGCUUUGAUUGUUUAUUAUUGAUUUUACAACAAUUGACACUGAACUAUUUAGUUUUUUUUAAUAUAAAACAGCUUCUUAGUGCUAGGUUAUGUAGCUUUUAAAUUAAAACUAUUAAGGUCUGUAAACCAGUUUUUUUUUUCAAUUGUAAUGUUGAAUAUGCCAGUAUUUAUUAUUUUAAGUGAUAAUAUAUUGUCAACCCGUUUUUAUUUAUGAACGAUUGCUCAUGUAGACGGGACACCCCCGCAUAUCGGGCUGCACCCCGUAGGCAGGGUGGACGGGCGUGCGUGCGGUACAUUUGUGGUCAGUCCCAGCAGUUUACAAGCACUGUCGUCUAUUUAAACCACGUAGAAGUCCAUUGAGAUUAAAUUGUUCUUUUCAAGGGACUUGGUUAAUUGUGUCUAUAUGGCCUUGGGAGGGGAAGACCUUAAAAGCCAGAUGGUAGUAGGGAUGUUGUUACUGUAAACAGCAGCAAGAGGCUGGGGGUUUGUAAACGUUGCCGUGUGAUCGGGCAAGAGGAAGGGAGGGAACGUCGUGGCAAGGUGCAUUGGCACCAAACGUGGUACUGGCCAUAAUGACCUCCUGCCAUUGUGGCUUUCUUCUGUUCUCUUAUCCUGCGGUCCCGAUUUUAAUUUUGCGAGCAACUUCACACCCCACCGUUAGCGAGGACUUUGCCGCGGCGUUUCGGCGAGCGGGCGGCCUCGCGUCGGGCUCCGUGUGCAAAGCGCCAGUGCGGCGAGUACGUCGACGAGCAAGUAGAAGAGGAGUACAAUCUGCAACGCAUUUCACGCGAGCCGUAGGGCAGGGCGUGGGUGUGUUCGCCCUUCGUCAGGAGAUCGUUUUGUCUGCACCUCACCGCUGGGCUGGACGAGCCAGCCAAGUUCAUUGAUUCUGCCUUGGUACCAAUAACCCACGUGUGGUCUUAAACAGCCUUAUUGUCGGAUUUCGUUGGAACGAUCGAAUAAAUAAAGAAAAAUAUAUAUAGAGAGAGUAUAAACAAUAUAUAUAUACUGAAUACAAAUGUAAAACUAGUAAUGACCCACCACACCCCUUCCGUUUAAAUUAAUAUUUUCACCCUAAUUGCACCUGCGGUGGCUUACAUAUAUAGAGUAAAUUUUAUAUAGUUGCUAUACCAGUACUUGUUUCUAAAUGGAAAUAGAAAUGUGACGUUUUGUGAAAGGGAAGGCAUAGAAAUUCUGAAACUCCGUGGGUGUGCAGAGUGUAUGACACGUAGCUUGCUAAAUUGCUAGAAUGUGAACCAACCAUCACUUCGACAUAUCAAUGCACAUCGACACCGGUAGAGACGCGCGUGCGCAUCACGGCCAUUCGCAUACCCCAAAAAUAACGCGCACGACCGUGCGACUCAUCGCGAUAUUCGGUACGACGGUCUGCUGUUGCCAGACCUCCAAUUCACCGAUUGACCCCAGCUGAAAGCAUAAAGCCCCCCCCCAGCCACCCCUCUCCUCCGCCUCGACGUGCUGAGCGGUCAGGGUGAGGCCACGAACCAAGCCACCUUGGCUUCGCGAAGGGCCAGGGAGUUUGGGUGAAUCCACCAAGACGUGUCACAGGGGGGGGGGGGGGCUUUCUGCGGCUGUUGCUGGCCGCGUUACUGAACGUGGAGAUUUCGGUGCAGAAUGUUGGGAAGUCCUGGCCAAGGCCGCACCACAGGGAAAGGGGUGGGAAGGAGUUGUCCCGUUGGCUGUAGAAUACUGUACAACACUUCUUUUUAGUAAACAGCUGCUGUACCAAUCCGUUUCCUGAAUACGGUAUUUGUAAAACUAACUUAUUGCUGAGAGAGUCAAUGUAUAAUGAAUUAUAUAGAGUCCGUAUUUUUUAUGUACAUAGAUGUGGUUUCCAGGAGUUGGGAACGGGUUGGGGAGGGGGGGGAUUAUUUUAUUUAAGGCAUUUAUUGAGCAGAAACUUUCUUGGACACUGAAAAUUAUAAUGUUGCAACGUUUCCUACUGCUGCAGAAAUAGAGUUUAAAAUAUUAUAAUGAUGUCGAAGUAUAUUUAAUUAAACUAUUAGCACUGACAGGCUGAAUGAUGUAAUUUAACAGCGCGUGCCUGUGUGUCUUCCUGUAUAUAUAUUGUAAGUAGCAUAAGCUUGAUUGAUCUGCAGGUUGACUGCGGUGGAUCGUACGUUCUGUUCGCUGGUGAGUUUUGGGCUAAAGUAUGUACAGUCAAGAACUAGGCAUGUUAUCAAACAAUAAAACGCAUUUCCAAUGCAAUA